AGGGAUUCGAUCAACCACUGGACAUGAGCACCGCAAGCGCGUCCAUCUGUACAAGAAUCAAGAAUUACACACACAUGUAUCCGUGUCUCACACACACACGCACAUACACCUACACACACUAGCCCCGCCUGCUAUCCACAAAUGCAUCCCUCCCUCUCCCAUCCCCUCGACGUCAACCAAUCAAUCACUCACUCACACGCUCACUGCAGCUGGACCCUGCGUCGCUUGUGCGGCCGGCCGGAUGGCGAGAGUGGCGCCUCGCUCCUGCCGUCAUCAUCGGCCAGCACCGCCUCCACCACACCAAUCAUCACAUAUGCGCUUUCAUACGCAGCACUCCCCAGCGCCCGUAUCACCCAGCUCUUGUCGGCCGCAUAACGGGCGAGCACCUUCAACCAACCGAGAGAACAACCAGCACAGGGGCAUCCAUCCAUCCAUCCAUACGGCCACGUACGAGCCACCCACCCAAUUGAUUGUACCUUUGCAAAGGGCACUAUGUCCCGCUUGUGGGCCUCCAUGAGGCUCGGCGCUUCGCGCCUCGCCUUCGCUCCCCCCACCUGUCCAUCUGCUGCUCACGAUCCCAUCCGCUCAUCCACGCCGUCAGCACACGAAGGGGGGACACCCCGUCCGCCGUCAUGUUGGCCAGAUACACAGCCAUGAGCUCAGACACCUACACCCAGCCAGCCAGCCAGCCACGCACGCAGCGGCAGCAACAAGCACACAUUCCAAUGAACAACGGAUUGAACCAGUGAGUGCGCCAGGCACUCGCUGCUCGGGCGUACCUUUCGUGUGAUGGCGCCUCCGAUGGUCUGGAUGUCCCACCAGGCCCCCGCGCGAAUCAUCAUGCGCAGGCAGUGCAGCACCAGGCACCGCAUCGGAUAAUGGUGGAUGGUCAUGGGGGGCCCUGAGGUGCUGCAGCUGGGUGUCGUCGCGAUCGCUGAAUGCUCUGCGCUCCUCGUCGGUGUCAAAGAGCACCGUGUUGGCCUUGCUGCAGCCGAGGAUGCCCACAUUGAAGAUGGGCAUGCUAGAGUCGGUGUCGGGGUCCUCAUGACCAAGCAUGAAGCCCCCGCGGCACAGGACCAGCGGCUCCCCUUCGUCGGUGACGUCGUCGCCCGUCUCCACCGAUGUGUCCGGCACCGAGUAGCAGGACACCGAAUCGGGCCGGAUGAUCGGCUGGUGGACGCGGGUGGAGAUUUCGACAGUGCGGACGUCCUUGACAGGCAGCUCCGCGCUGUUCUGGACAAGUGGAUUGCUGCACACACACACAGACACACACAUGGUCUGCACACACACACAGGAAACACACAGCGGCAUGACAAUCGCCCAUUGACGGCUCUCCGAGUGGGCACCUCCACCCACCUCCAUCUCAUAGGGGUCUCCGUGAUCGGCCAU